AUGAAAUCCAGGGAUCAUGGAGAUUUGGUCAGUAAAAACAAGUCUAUGGAAGGUAUUGAAAAUGGCAUACAGUUUGAGGUUGAAAUUGAGACAACAAGUAAUGAGCAUCCUAUUGAAGUAACAGAUGAGUCAGACAUAGGCAAGGUUGCUGAGGAUAAGAAUGUUCAGUGUCAAUUGUUGGGUGACUACUCCAUUGAAAAUUUCAUUAAUUACCCCAAAGCAGUAUCCUAUUACACAGGAUUUAGUUGUUAUGAUCAUUUCAUAUUCUUGUUUCAUUCACUUGGCCCUGCUGCUUAUGAAUUGAACUAUAAAUGUGUGAAACUUAAUCCAAAAGAUCAAUUGUUUCUUACUUUGAUGAAAAUUAGAUGUGGAAAGGAAGAUUUCGAGCUUUCUUUACUUUUUAAUAUUUCCGAGUCUACAGUAUCCAGAACCAUUAAUACUUGGAUAAACUUUUUAUAUUUUCAAUUGAAAGAUCUUGAUAUUUGGCCUUCAAGACAAGUUGUCGAUGAUUAUAUGCCUGUUGAUUUUGGAAGGAAAUUCCCAACUACAAGGGUUAUUUUAGAUGCAACAGAAAUUCCAAUCCAAAAACCAUCUGAUGUUAACCGUUGUGAACCAGAGUGUUACAUGGUCGUCAUACAAGCAUAG